GGUUCGUUCGGUUCGGUCGCAUCUUUCCCGUCAGUCUGUCGGUCUGUCUGUCUGUCUAUCUAAAAACGGUUGCCGGACGGAAACGGUGCACAGUAGUUGGUGGUUGGUGUAGCGAGGGGCGUCGUUGUGGUCCGGCGUGUCAAUGGAAACUAGUGAUUCCCGUUCUAGUGCAGUCCCUCCUAAGUGGAUUAGUCGCGUCAUCACAGUUGGUCAUUGGUUCAAUAUAUAGUUUUAGGUGCAUUUCAUCCAGGAUCGAACCACACGAUUGAUUACGUUGUGAGGAGCAGUAGCAGCAGACAGCGCAGGAGUGGGUAAUUAGUGGAACGUAAACCCAUCCUUCGGUCUCCACUCCACCAGCAGAGACGGAUUACUUCCGGUGCACGGAGAUGAAGUUUAAUUAUUACUCUGAAACGUAUUCAGCGAAUGGGAUGGCACAAAGUGAGCAGCAAUUUUUGAAGGGCGAAAGCCAACGGAACACUCCUACCGUGAAGUCGCAGUCAGCCUGGAUGCGGUUCGUGUCCGAGAACAAACUGAUCCUGGUGACUCUGAGUGGCGUAUUGCUUGGCGUAGUUCUGGGUUUCACCCUUCGCCCGUUGGAACUCUCGGAGGACACCAUCAUGCUGAUUGCCUACCCGGGCGAACUGUUUAUGCGCGUGCUGAAACUGAUGAUCCUUCCGUUGGUAAUUGCCAGUUUGAUUAGCGGAUCUUCCAGCCUGAAUGCCAAGUUGAAUGGGAAAAUUGCCCUACGGACGUUUGUCUACUUUGCGUUGACUUCGUUGCUGAAUGCCAUACUGGGCACCACGUUGGUGCUGUUGAUUCACCCCGGUGAUCCCAGGAUGCACGAGGCGAUGGCCGAGUAUUCGGUUGCGAGCGGGAAAACCGUUACGUUGAUGGAUAGCAUACUGGAUUUGGGCAGGAACAUCUUCCCGGAUAACAUAUUCCAGGCGGCUCUCCAGCAAGCUCACACGGUCUACGUGCCGAGGUCUAAUGCGAUCAAUGGCAGCGUGCUUCCGAUGGUGAACGCAAAACCUACUGCUCACAACGCUUUUGCUUGGGAUGACGAGGAUGAAUUGAUACGGAUUAUAGAAUAUCGGCCUGGUACCAAUACUCUUGGGAUAGUAUUUUUCUGUUUGGUGUUUGGAACACUGUUGGGAACGAUUGGCAGUAAGGGGUAUGUUGUGAUUCAAUUCUUUGCGGCAAUUUUCGACGUCAUCAUGAAGAUGGUCACCGGAGUGAUGUGGUUGACCCCGAUCGGAAUCGGAAGUGUAAUAGCAGGCAAGAUUUUGGCCGUGAGUGACAUAAGUUUGGUGAUGACCCAACUGGCCUGGUUCAUCUUCACCGUGUUGUUCGGGGUGCUCCUGUAUCAGUGGGUGAUUGUACAGUUUAUAUAUUUUAUGUUUUUGAAGAAGAACCCCUUCAAGUUGUACGUGUCGCUGAUUCAGCCGAUGCUGACAGCAUUUGCCACGGCUUCUACGGCGGCAGCUCUGCCGUUGACCUUCCGUUGCAUGGAGGAUAAGGUGAAAAUCGACACUCGAAUCACACGAUUUGUGCUUCCUAUCGGUGCUAACAUCAACAUGGAUGGAACGGCGUUGUUUAUUUCGAUAGCAUCGAUUUUUAUUGCUCAAAUGAGUAGUAUGCAGCUGAACUUCGGACAAAUUAUGACGGUUGUUUUGACUUCGACAGCGGCUUCGAUGAGCUCGGCAAGCAUUCCCAGUGCAGCGUUGGUAUUACUUCUGGUAGUUCUCACGGCAAUCGAUGCUCCGAUGCAUAAUGUGACGCUAUUAUUUGCAGUGGAUUGGUUUGUUGACCGCAUUCGCACGACCAACAACUUCCUGGGCGAUUGUUAUUGUGCCGCCAUUGUGGAGCACUUUUCCAAAAAGGAACUGAAGCUUACUGACGCGGAUCGACCGCAGUCCUACCGGGAAGACGAUGAGCUCACUUUAGAUGGAGAGGGGAAGGUCCCAUCCAGGCCCACCCUCGAGGUUUGAAUGCAUCCCAAGCUAAUCAGUUUACUUCGAGAAAAUAGAAGGUUACGUUAAAAUGAUUGAUUUUUGAAAAUGAUGAAAAUGACGAUUAUGACGAAUUUGAGGUUCACUAUGACAAACCAUGGGGACCAAUUGUUAACCACUAAAUAAAAAUAAAACAUUUGAAACCAGUUCCGCAAAGCGACACCAAAAAAUGCACCGUUGAGUAGCAGAGUAGAGAACCUAUAGAACCGUAGACUAAGCUGACUGGUGUCAGAAAAUGUGAUAUUAAAUACUUGUCUAAUAGCAAUUUAUGUAACCAACGAGAACAAAUAUCAACAAUAAUAGAUAUUAAA